UAGCCAUCACUGCCAUUUGACAACCCAGACCGAAGGAAUUCAAGAGCUUGUCUCGUUUGAAUUUUAUCAGGAUUUUUGGGUUUUGUUCAGAAAUCAAAAUGGCUUCUUCAUCGAGCUUCAAAAAGGCAGAGAGCAUGAGCUUCAAAAGAUCAGACAGCAUUGCCGAUGGCAUGCCAGAAGCUCUGAGGCAGAGCAGGUAUCAGAUGAAGAGGUGUUUCGCAAGGUACAUUUCACAGGGAAAAAGGCUAAUGAAAAACAAGCAAUUGAUGGAGGAAUUAGAGAAAUCAAUAGAUGAUAAGGUUGAAAGAACAAAGGUCUUAGAGGGCCUUCUCGGUUAUAUCAUAAGUUCUACUCAGGAGGCAGCUGUUGUUCCUCCCUACAUUGCGUUUGCGGUAAGACCCAAUCCCGGAAUCUGGGAAUUUGUUAAGGUGAACUCCGAAGAUCUGCAAGUAGAAGGAAUCACUGCUUCAGAUUUCUUAAAAUGCAAAGAAACCAUCUUUGACGAGAAAUGGGCGAAUGACGAAAACGCAUUGGAAGUGGAUUUUGGAGCUUUCGAGUUUUCCACACCACACACGGUCUUACCUUCCUCAAUUGGGAAUGGUGUCCAGUACGUCACAAAAUUCUUGUCUUCAAAACUCAUGAAACAAGGCUCUGAAAGCAUGAAGCCUUUGUUGGACUAUUUGAUCGCUCUUAAUCAUCAGGGACAGAAUCUUAUGAUUAAUCAAAGCCUUGACAACGUGUCUAAGCUUCAAACGGCAUUGCUCCUAGCCGAGGUGUUUCUCAGCGCACUGCCAAAAGAAACGGCGUACCAUCAGUUUGAGAUCAGAUUUCAGGAAUGGGGAUUGGAGAGAGGAUGGGGCGAUACUGCCGAACGUGCUAGAGAGACGAUAAAUGCACUUUCAGAGGUCCUUCAAGCACCAGAUCCUCUGAACAUGGAGAAGUUCUUUAGCAGAAUUCCGACAAUCUUUAGUGUGGUUAUCUUCUCUCCUCACGGCUACUUCGGCCAGGCAGACGUUCUCGGUUUGCCAGAUACCGGCGGACAGAUUGUUUACAUUCUGGAUCAAGUAAAAGCCAUGGAGGAGGAAAUGCUCCUCAGAAUAAAGCAGCAAGGAUUGACUGUGAAGCCUCAAAUUCUUGUGGUUACGCGGCUUAUACCGGAAGCUCGGGGGACUAAGUGCAAUGUAGAAUUGGAGCCGAUCCUCGACACUAAACACUCGCACAUACUCCGAGUGCCAUUCAAGACAGAGAAGGGAAUCCUACAGCAGUGGGUUUCUCGCUUCGAUAUCUAUCCGUACCUGGAAAGAUUUGCUCAGGAUGCCUCUGAAAGAAUCAUCGAACGCUUGGAAGGAAAGCCAGACCUUAUCAUUGGAAAUUACACCGACGGAAACAUGGUAGCAUCCCUAAUGGCAAGCAAGCUUGGGAUAACUCAGGGAACGAUAGCACAUGCUCUAGAGAAGACAAAGUACGAAGAUUCGGACAUCAAUUGGAAGGAAAAGGACCAGAAAUAUCACUUCUCAUGCCAGUUCACUGCCGACAUAAUCGCCAUGAACACUACCGAUUUUGUCAUCACAAGCACAUUCCAAGAGAUUGCGGGCAGCAACAAUCGGCCAGGGCAGUAUGAAAGUCAUUAUACAUUUACACUCCCAGGCCUAUGCCGGGUGGUCUCAGGCAUUAAUGUCUUCGAUCCCAAAUUCAACAUAGCUUCGCCUGGCGCCGAUCAAUCUGUAUACUUCCCUUACACACAGAAACAGAAGCGACUAACAUCAUUACAUCCUGCCAUUGAAGAGCUACUGUACAGUAAAGAGGAUAACAGCGAACACAUUGGAUUUCUCGCGGACAGGAAGAAACCCAUCAUCUUCUCGAUGGCAAGAUUAGAUGUAGUAAAGAACAUCAGUGGAUUGACAGAAUGGUAUGGGAAGAACAAGAGGCUAAGGAACUUGGUUAAUCUUGUCGUAGUUGCAGGCUUCUUUGAUGCAUCUAAAUCGAAAGACAGAGAAGAGAUUAGUGAAAUAAAGAAGAUGCAUUCCUUGAUAGAAAAAUACCAAUUGAAGGGUCAGAUCAGAUGGAUUGCAGCCCAAAACGAUAGAAUCCGGAACGGUGAGCUAUACCGAUGCAUCGCCGACACAAAGGGUGCUUUCGUGCAGCCUGCCCUGUAUGAAGCAUUCGGUCUUACAGUCAUCGAGGCCAUGAAUUGUGGACUUCCGACCUUCGCAACCAAUCAAGGAGGGCCAGCUGAGAUAAUUGUCGAUGGGGUCUCUGGCUUCCAUAUUGAUCCCAACAAUGGAGAUGAAGCUAGCAACAAAAUUGCUGAUUUCUUCGAGAAAUGCAAGAAAGACACCGAAUAUUGGAAUAAGAUGUCUACAGGUGGACUCCAGCGCAUCUACGAAUGCUAUACGUGGAAGAUCUAUGCAAACAGGGUGUUGAAUAUGGGAUCAAUCUACAGCUUCUGGAGGCAAUUGAACAAGGAAGAGAAACAAGCAAAAAAACGAUACCUGGAGAUGUUUUACAAUCUCCAGUUCAGGAACUUGGUGAAAACGGUCCCAGUGGGGCGUGAGGAACCCCAACAACCUGAUUCAAAAGCAGUAGUGCAACCACCACCAAGGCGCACACAAUCCCGGCUGCCAAGGUUGACGCCGAAACCUCCGCCGAUUGACCAUCAUAGCCAACUGCUUCAAUCAAAGGAAGACACUCAAGGCGUGAAGGAUGAGGUUCAAACAGAGGACGAGACUGAAGAGGUUAACGAUCGGAAAUGGAGUCGAUCUUUAUGGUUCUGGUUGGCUUGGUUGGUGCUGCUCAUUUCAUUUCUAUUACACCAGAGGGAAACACUUAAAAGCAUUUAUAAGAAAAUCAACGACUGAAUGUUGUGUCAUUGUCAAGACCAUAUAAGAAAAUAAGGUCAAAGUGUUGCAGCUUGUUUCUCUUUAAAUUACAUGUUGUAACUUGCAUUUAUAUUAUCUAUUUUAUCAAUAAAAAAAGAUGCAGAUGUGCAUUUAUGAUA